AUGGAGUUAGACACAAGGAGUGUGACCUCAGAACCAGCCUCUCCACUCAAGAGUCCAGGGGAGGAAAAGAUGGAGGUCAUUUCUGAACUGAGCAGCUCAGACUGGCAGAGCAGGGACAGUGGGUUCUUUGAAAGAGGCAUUAAAACCCUGUUGAGCAUCCGGAAAUCAAGACGGAGUCUGAAGAAAGAGAAAGGGAAGGAAGAUAGUGGCACUUGGAAUGCAAAAAGACUUCUGCAAACACUCAGGAGCUAUGAGGAGAACAAACCCACGAUCUGUAAUAGCAUGGAGAAGGUUGGUGAAAUAUGUGAGCCCAUUGAAGCCAAACCUCUUUCAGUAAUGGAAAUCAAUGAACUCAUUCAGAAAAGACAACUUUUGCAAGCAUUUGCAAGUAUCAAGCUAAUGGAAGAUGAGACCAUCUCUGACCGAGAUUCUGAGAAAUACAGAGAUAACCCCCAGGAGCUUGUACGGAAAUCCAAGGAUGUGGAUUUGCUUUAUAACUCCAUCACAAAUGCAAUCAAGUCCAUAGUGGAGGAAACACUGGAGGAUCCCACUUUACAGCAUACCAUGCUGACCUCCAUGGUGACUUUAAUUGCCCUUGAAGAAGCAGCUCAUUCCAGCACAGACAGUGCUGCUCGUCCUGGCUCAGAUUUGCUGGGCAGGCCCAGAAAGUGGAGGGAGCAAUGGAGGGAAGCUGUCAAUGAGAGUGCAAGAAAAAGAGUCCUGAAGGCACCCAUGGCAUCAAGGGAACAAGAAACUUGGCUUGAUUUCCACUUACAUUUCCUCCAGGAACACCUGAGGGAAGAUUUACUGAAAAUCAAGUCAUCAGUGAAAAAAUGCUAUCCAGAGGAGUACCAGGUGUGUGACACAUAUGUGGGAGCUUUUCACAAUGCCAUUGCCUCACAUUUGCAAGAACUCUCCCAGGGACCAUUGGACUUCCAUGAGCUCUACACCUUGCUUAACUGGGUGGCCAACACCUACCACAGUGAAUUCUUUCUGGGUCAUCCUGAGCUCAAACCAGAGGUUAAGACAGAAAACCUGUCCUUGCUGUUAACACCAGCUGAUUGGGAUAAACUGAAAAACAACUACAUUGCUUCUGCAAAGGAGAAAAUCAAAAGUUGUUUUGGAAACAUUCUGAGAUUGGAGGUCACGGAGAAGUGGGAGAAGGAAGUUCAUGUAGAAGAGGAGGAAAACCUCUACCACGCCUCAGUCUCUUUUGAUAUUCAAACGAUCAUUGGGGAGCACGUGAAGUCAUCUGGAGCUAUCAGUGGAGGCCUGGAAACAAAAAUGCUUGAGUUGUGCAUGGCAGAGCUGCUUGAAUUCAUACCAAGGUUUGAGCAGGAGUUCAUGGCGUGGAGCUCUGCCCAGGACAGCCCCAGCUUUGUGCCCCACCUUGUUGCCUACAUCAACAGCUUCCAUGAGCUGGUGUCAGGGUUGGAAACAGUGUUUAAAGUCAAUACUGAGGAACUGCGGAAGAUUUUGGCAGCUCUGACAAGGAACUUCACAAAUAUUUUUUUAACAAAAUUAAGAACAAAAACACAGCCUCUUCUUAAGAAAAUCCUGAGCAAGAGCUGGAUUUUGGCGACGGAAAGGCCGGACUCCCUGGCGUCGGCAGUCUCGCAGUUCUCCAAGCACCUGCAGCACAUGAGGGAGCCCCAGGGGCAGGACCUUCUACAUGAAGUUCAUAAAUAUGUGGUGAAGGAAUAUGUCACACAGAUCAUCAAACCCAGAUGGAAAAUGAACAGGGACACACGUCAGCAAGUGAGCAGAAAGAUGAGCCAGGAAGCUGCAAUCAUUCACAAUGCACUCAUUGAUCAGGGCUCCAAAGCUGACUGGCUCCUCCCUGUCAUAUAUCACAUUGCCAAUAUCAUUGGGGAGAAGAAAAAAGACAAGAUCAAGGCAUAUGUCAAGGAGCUGUGCAAAGACUAUCCAGAUAUCAGGAAGGAGCACAUCCUGGCCAUCCUGGCGCUCCGGGUGCUGGGGCGCACCAGGAGAGCGGCGAUUUUGCGGCAAGUGUGCCAAGCACAGGAGAGCUCCAACAGAGGGAAGGGCGGCGCACUCUUCGCUGAAAUUGAUGUUCCAGUAAUCUGCAGCUGCUUCUAA